GCGUGACUGGCGGGUGGCGUCACGUGACGCAGCCGCCGGCCUCGCAAGAUGGCGGUGUGCAUCGCUGUGAUCGCCAAGGAGAAUUACCCCCUCUACAUCCGAAGCAUCCCCACUGAGAACGAGCUGAAGUUCCACUACAUGGUGCACACCUCGCUGGACGUGGUGGACGAGAAGAUUUCAGCGCUGGGGAAGGCCCUAGUGGAUCAGAGGGAGCUCUACCUGGGCCUGCUUUACCCCACCGAGGACCACAAGGUCUACGGCUACGUGACCAACUCCAAGGUGAAGUUUGUGAUGGUGGUGGACUCAUCGAACACGGCGCUGAGGGACAACGAGAUCCGCAGCAUGUUCCGGAAGCUGCAUAAUUCCUACACCGACGUCAUGUGCAACCCCUUCUACAACCCUGGGGACCGCAUUCACUCCAGGGCCUUCGACAGCACCGUGACGUCCAUGAUGACACAGGUCUGCUGAGCAAGGCCGCAGCAGCUGGACACUGCAGCGUGAGCCGCGGAGGCACCCGCAUAGUGGUUUGUGAACAACAGUGGCGUCUGUGUAUCACAAGGCGCAGCGGCAAUUGUCCCUGCAGAUGUGCGGCCUCUGCACCGAGGCACUAAAUGUUUUCGGAAGCCCCA